CUAUUUACACCUUUCCAGCAAUGAAGCCUGUACAGAAGCUCUUGCAAUUACCAGUGACAGCUGUGAAUUUGGUAAAGAAUCACCGUGCAGAAGAGGCAAAAAGCCCUGUGUUGACCCCAGAUGGGGGUGUCCAAACUUUUUAUAAUGCACUGCAAGCUGAUGAGCUACGACUUCUGAAAUCUCAGAAUAGUGAAUCCAACGUGGAAAACAAUGGAUCCAGCAGCAACCCCAGUCAGCCUGUGCGGCACGAUGACUUGAAGGAAAUGCUGGACAGUAACAAGGACUCCCUGAAGUUGGAGGCCAUGAAGAGGAUUGUUGCUAUGAUAGCACGAGGAAAGAAUACAUCAGAUUUAUUUCCAGCUGUUGUGAAAAACGUGGCCUGUAAGAAUAUUGAGGUGAAGAAAUUGGUUUACGUCUAUUUGGUUCGUUAUGCAGAGGAGCAACAGGAUCUGGCACUCCUCUCCAUUUCCACCUUUCAGAGAGGUUUAAAGGACCCCAACCAACUGAUCCGAGCCAGUGCUCUCCGUGUACUCUCCAGUAUCCGUGUGCCAAUCAUUGUACCCAUUAUGAUGCUUGCAAUAAAAGAGGCAGCUUCAGACAUGUCUCCCUAUGUGCGCAAGACAGCAGCACAUGCGAUACCCAAGCUGUAUAGCUUGGACUCAGACCAGAAAGACCAGCUUAUUGAAGUGAUAGAGAAACUUUUAUCAGACAAAACAACAUUGGUUGCAGGCAGUGUUGUGAUGGCAUUUGAAGAGGUCUGCCCUGAACGCAUUGAUUUGAUCCAUAAGAACUACCGUAAGCUGUGCAACUUAUUGAUUGAUGUAGAGGAGUGGGGGCAAGUGGUAAUUAUCAACAUGCUUACACGCUAUGCAAGGACCCAGUUUUUGAACCCUAAUCAAAAUGAAUCUCUCCUUGAGGAAAACCCUGAGAAAGCAUUCUACGGGUCAGACGAUGAUGAAGCGGGAAAAGAGGAUAAGGCAGAAGCAUCUAAUCUAGUGAAACGGAAGCCUUAUGUUAUGGACCCAGACCACCGCCUUCUUCUCCGUAACACCAAACCUCUACUUCAGAGCCGUAAUGCAGCAGUUGUUAUGGCAGUGGCUCAGCUAUAUUUUCAUCUUGCACCAAAAGCAGAAGUUGGAGUGAUAGCAAAGGCUUUGGUUCGAUUGCUACGUAGUCACAGUGAGGUACAGUAUGUGGUACUGCAGAAUGUGGCAACCAUGUCCAUCAAAAGAAGGGGGAUGUUUGAACCGUAUCUGAAAAGUUUCUACAUCCGGUCUACCGACCCGACACAAAUUAAGAUUUUAAAGCUGGAAGUGUUGACAAAUCUAGCAAAUGAAACCAACAUUUCCAUCAUACUACGAGAGUUUCAAACAUACAUCCGAUCCGCAGUAUGGACAAAGAUUUUGUGGCUGCAACGAUACAGGCUAUUGGUCGAUGUGCCACUAAUAUUGGUAAAGUUCGAGACACUUGCCUCAAUGGACUUGUUCAACUUUUGUCAAACCGAGAUGAGCUGGUGGUAGCAGAAUCAGUCGUGGUUAUCAAGAAACUGCUACAGAUGCAGCCUGCACAGCAUAGUGAGAUUAUCAAACACAUGGCCAAGCUUACAGAUAAUAUUCAGGUGGCUAUGGCACGAGCCAGUAUCCUGUGGCUCAUUGGGGAGUACUGUGAACAUGUCCCUAAAAUUGCUCCUGAUGUGCUAAGGAAGAUGGCAAAAACUUUCACUAAUGAGGAAGAUAUUGUGAAACUCCAGAUUAUCAACUUGGCUGCAAAGCUGUAUCUGACAAACUCCAAGCAGACAAAGCUCCUCACUCAGUAUGUUCUGAACCUUGCCAAGUAUGACCAAAAUUACGACAUCAGAGAUCGAACAAGAUUCAUUCGACAGCUGAUUGUCCCUACGGAUAAAGGUGGAGCGCUUAGUAAACAUGCUAAAAAACUGUUCUUGGCACAAAAGCCUGCACCUAUACUAGAGUCUCCGUUUAAAGAUCGGGAUCACUUUCAGUUGGGCUCUCUCUCUCACCUGCUCAAUGCCAAAGCUGUUGGCUAUCAGGAACUUCCAGACUGGCCGGAGGAGGCUCCCGAUCCAUCUGUGCGCAACGUGGAGGUGAAGGAAGCUGAAGAGGAAGACAGUGGACCCAUAGACAGUCACAUCGGACUCCUUGGGGAAUGGAAAGAGGUGCCUGAAUGGACAAAGUGCCCAAGCAGAGAAAAGCGAAAGGAGAGGGAGGAAAAACCAUUUUAUUCUGAUUCAGAAGGAGAAUCUGGACCAACAGAAUCUGCAGAUAGUGAACCAGAGUCGGUGAGUGAAUCAGAGAGUGGUGAAAGCAGCAGUGGCAGUGGGUCAGGGUCAGAGAGUGAAGAGGAGGAAGAAAGUGAAGAGGAAGAAGAGUCUGAAAAGGAGGAGAAAAAAAAAAAGAAAAAAAGAAAGAACCACAGAGCGAAGGAAGUGAUGAAAGUGAUAAGGACCAGAAAGUGACAGCAAAAGGGAAGAGACCUCCUACAAAAACAAGCCAGAAGUCAGCUUCUGAGGGCAGCAGCUCUGAGAGCAGUCAGUCUGAGAGUGAAUCUUCAUCAGAAGAGGAUGAUGAGGAGGAGGAGGAGAAAGAGGAGCCCACACCGGAACCUAAAAGGAAGAAAAGUCCAUCAGCUACCAAGCCAGUAUCAAAACAGCCCAGGGAGACCAAGGAGAUGUCAUUGCUAGAUCUGGAUGACUUCUCUGCUCCAUCUGCUCCAGUGGUAACAUCAGGAAACAUUGUAUCUUCCAGUCUGGUGACUGAUCUGGAGGGAUUGUCCUUAACAGAUACUUCUCUGUCUCCCACAGUAAUCAGUCCAAUGUUCUCAUCUGGGCGGACCUUUGAGUUGCUGCAUCGCAUGACAGGGGAGGGUCUGUCUGUGGAAUAUGUAUUUAGUCGCCAGCCUUUUACACCAGACCAUCGCAUGGUGUCUGUACAGAUGCAAAUAUCCAACAACUCUGAGAGUGAGGUUCGCAGUAUCCGGAUCAAUGAACCCAAGCUGCAAUCUGGCAUGAGGAUAAAAGAGUUCAAAGAGAUAGAAUCUCUGCCUCCUGGAGAUAGCACCACUGUAAUAAUGGGCAUUGAUUUCUGUGAUUCUACUCAGGCUGCAAAUUUCCAGCUCUGCACCCACACCCGCCAAUUCUAUGUGACCAUCCAGCCACCUGUAGGGGAGCUCAUGGAGUCUGUUUUCAUGAGUGAAAAUGAGUUCAAGAGGGAACAGGGUAAACUCACUGGCAUGAAUGAGAUGACAGAGAAACUGACAUUGUCUGGGAAAUAUAACAAUGAUCAUGUUAUUGUGCAACGAGUCAUAUCUGCAGCCAACAUGAAUCGAGUCCCAUGUGGUGCCGAUAAAGAAUACAGAUUUGCAGCAAAGACAGUAACCAGUGGAACACUUGUCCUGGUGACGCUUACUCUGAAAGAUGAUUCUUCUACAUUGCUGACUAUCAAUAGUGAAAAAAUGGUGAUUGCAACGAUGUUGGCAAAGGACAUUGUGCAAGCAUUAACACAGUGA